AAAGAGAACCCAGCCAUGCCUUUGAGAAACCGGUGAGAUAAGCUUGGUUUUCUCCUUCCUUUCUUGCUCUAGAACACACCUAGAACCCAGAAAUCUUCCCUCCCUCUCUGCAGAAACCGGAUCUACUCUGCUUUGCUCUGUCCGCUGGCUGCUCUUGAUUGUGGGUGAUUUCUGGGCAUUUUUUUCGUUCCGUGAGCUUCCCCCUGCAGAUCCCGCCGGCCUUCCCCAAUCUGCUAGCUCUGGUUCCUUGCUUGUAAAUUCUGGUAUGUGAUAGCCAUUUAAGGCUUAAAUUAUCCAUUCAGUUUGCUGCCUUGUGUGUCCGAAUUUGGCUAAAAAUGGGGGAUAAUUUCAGUAGCUUUAGGAUGAGAUUUAAGCAUUGAUUCAAGUGGAAUUUAUGUGAUUGAGUGUUAAUUGCUUGUUGUGAUUUUUGGAGAAAAUCCCGUGAGAUUAGCUACUGUUUUGGCCAAUUUGUGGAAGUCUGGGUUACUGUUCACGUCAGGUAUGGUAUUGAUUCUCGAAUUGUUGAUUAGGUUCUUGAUCGUUCUGUCAGUUAGUAUGUGAAUUGAGUGCUCGGUUUUGCAGAGUGAGGUAAGUAAAUUUAUGGUAAUGCCCGUACUGUUUUAAAAGCAUGUUUUGAUUUUUUUUUGAAGUGGUGGCGGGACUAAACCCGUUUUACACAAGCAUGACUGAUUUGAAGUGAAAUGUUUUGUGCUUUUCAUGAAAUUGAGCAUGCCUACUUGAAAUUUAAGUGACUGUCCUGAUGAUCUGAAAGUGAUAGUGAAUUGUGAUUUUCCUGUUAACUUCUGCCUGUUUUGUCUCCGAUGUGGUCAUGUUAUUCGUGACCCUGCUAGUGGGGGAGGUUAUAAACACUAGCACAUGUCGGCACAUGUCGAUAUGUUAUUCGUGACCCCGCUAAUGGGGGAGGUUACAAACGCUAGCACAUGUCGAUAUGUUAGUGAGAGAGCCGGUUCGUUCAACCCAGCUAGUGGGGGUUAUACACCAGCAAAUCGUGGCCCUGCUAGUGGGGAUUAUACACUGGCCGUGACCUAUAGAGGAGAUGUCUAUUUCAUGCCCGUACUGUAUCUGUUUUCAUGAUUGUACUUGUUGGCAUGCUUUAAGUUUGAUAAGGGGCACUCCAUAUUUACUUACUGAGUUUAUCUCAUAGUUUUUCCUUGUCCACCAUUUCAGGAACCGAAACCGAGGACAGGAAACCACGGGAAGUGACGAGUUAGAAAGCUAUCCAUUUCGAGAUUGAUAUAGAUUUUAGAAAUAAAUCAUGAUCUUGUGAACUAAAGUGUAUUUGGAGAUUUUAUGAUAUCAGAGAGAAUUUUAUAAUUUGAUCUUCAGAUUUUGAUGGUCUUAGAGUGUGAAUUUGAUAAGUUUCGAGCUUUGUGCAUUUAUGGGAUCCGUCUCACGAGUGCACAGCGUCUGUCGCGCCUCGAAUUUGGGUUUUGGGACAUGACAAUAAGGAUAGCAACGACCAAGACCCUAAACUUGGCUAUGUGUGACCAAAUUAACUUGGAUAUGGACAGCAAAGACCAAGACACUAAACAUGGCUAUGGUUGUAUAUAACCACAUAAAUAAUUGUUAAAGCUACACAAAAUAUUGUAAGUGUAUUUAAUUUGUUUGAUUUUAUUAGUAUAUAGCUAGUUAAGGUAGUUGAAAACAUUAC